GAAAGAAAGAGCGCGAGAGAUGUACACGUUUCAUUGACGCUCCGAUGAUGUCAACGGGACAUUCCGCGAGAGCGAUCUGAUCCGGUAGCCGCCAAGUUGCGCAAAAGUGACAGAAGAGUACGACAAGCCUCGUUCGGCUAAUUUCGUGAUCCCGCGCAUCGCUCGCGAGUUUGUACAGUGUGUACGCCGCACCAUCCGUAGCUGUACGAGUAGUCGCCAUCGCCAUCGAAGUUGAUGCGCAACGCGAGACUGGCGAGAUCGGUUGUUUAACAUCGGCGCAACGCUCGUUCGUUCAACGUAGAUUCAUCGCGACUCGUGUUAGUGUGUCCGGUAAAAACGACAAACGGCAUAUCAUUUUGCAUCGUAUUCCGUCUGAGAUGCAAACUCGCCGCAAGGGUGGCGAACGCACGCACGCAAGUGAUACGUGCGCGAAGUGCAGCACAGUGAUAAUCCCGUAGGAAGCGACAGUCACGAUCGAAUCCGCGGUGUCUCCCUGAAUCUGUUGAAUCGAAGAGCGAGGUAUUGGGUCACUCGACAGCGGCGACACGUACAACAGCCUUUGCCUUCUCUGAGCGCGCAAGGGACCCCGAGCGCCGGGGGUUUACAUCGCCGGGACGGCAGAUGUCAGGAUGCCGGAACAGAGUAACGACUAUCGCGUGGUCGUGUUCGGGGCAGGCGGCGUUGGCAAGAGUUCCCUCGUGCUGCGUUUCGUGAAGGGAUCUUUCCGUGAAUCCUAUAUACCAACUAUCGAGGACACUUACAGACAGGUAAUAAGUUGCGACAAGAACAUAUGUACACUUCAAAUUACGGACACAACGGGAUCGCAUCAGUUUCCCGCCAUGCAGCGACUCUCCAUAAGCAAAGGUCACGCUUUCAUCUUGGUCUACUCGGUGUGUUCACGGCAAAGUCUUGAAGAACUACGACCGAUCUGGGCCGUGAUAAGAGAACUCAAGGGCCAAGAUAUCUCACAGAUACCGAUUAUGUUGGUUGGAAAUAAAUGCGAUGAAAGCCCGUCGGUACGCGAAGUUUCGAUGAGCGAAGGCGCAGCUGAGGCAGCUAAUUGGGGUUGUGGUUUCUUGGAGACGUCAGCCAAAACGAACCACAAUGUGGACGCUCUGUUCCGAGACUUACUCACCCUCGAGAAGAAUCGCUCAGUAUCGUUACAACCGGUGCAAAGCAACAACGCGAUAAGACUCAAGGAGAAGUGUGCCGUCAUGUAAACAAUUAGCCACGCUGAUUCGCUGAUCGCGCACCUAUCGAGAUCGUCGCGGUCAUCGACGACAUAUAUUCCUGAAUCAUCGUUCCUCGAGAUAGGACCUCGCCAGUCCUCUAAUAAUUCCAAAUAACUUCAACUGACGAUGGAUGAUUUAUUCGCAAUUUCAAUUUCUUUCGUUAUGAUGCUGAUCCGUGGAAGUUUCAUUGAUGAUGAUACGCGAUAUGAGAUCGUGUCGUAUUCGCAUAAAUAGACCUGGAUACAAAAGCAUGUUCUGGUAUACUGGCAAACAGUAACUUUUUUCAGAUAGUUUCGGAAAAAUUACAAUUUCGAAAAGUAAUUCCAAGCUUCGACGGAUUGACUCAUUCGACGAGAAGAUAAGUAUUUCGAUUUGAUGAAUAAAUUAUUUAUAUAUACAUAUAUGCAUUGCUCGUCAAUGCGUGAUUGUGUGUCGUGUGUGAUGAAUUGAUGAACAGGUUUUCCUAUCCUACGUUAUGACAGUUUACAUAAUAGAUCGUAUCAUUUCUUUAUGUUCGAUGAAUUAUCCGAAAUUUCAAUCUUAUUUUUCUUCACUCCACGAUAGAAUCGUCCGCGAUAGUCUUGGUCUGCGAUACAGGCAAGCGUGAUAAUGCUGUUGUUAUCUUUUUUGUCAGGAACAAUCGCACAAUUUCUCAGCUGUUGCUACGAAAAAAUCUGCUGUUAUUCGUAAUAAUAAUAAUAAUCUAAAUAACAGUACAAGCUGAUUAUCACAAAACUUGUCGCCAGAGCAUAACAUACCAUAACGUAUCAUCGUAAAAAAAGAAAAACUAAUUUUUAUAGAAAAACUUUGCAUUAUUUAUUGCUAUAUUAAAUUAUUUGACAGUCACAUCUUUGACUGAUUGUUUGCAAAAUGAUUUUUCGCAGAACAUAUCAUGUCUUUUUAUUAUAAACGUUUGAUUGAUAUCUUAGAAACAAAUACUUAUGCAAUCGAUUUUAUCUCAGUGAUAAUAAUGAUAGUGAUGGUGAUAUAAGUAAUAUGAAAGCUGACAUAUUUAACUAAUAUUUUUAAAUGUAUUAUAGGAAUAAAAGCCGACGCGUUUGCUACGAUUGGUUCGUGUCAAUCAUAUUCAAGCUCUCCAUUUCUAAUGGCAACUAAUAGAUUAGCAGAAUUAGCAGUUUCGGUGAUCUCUCCUUUGUACGGAGUGCCGAAAGUACCCCAUCCAUAAUUAACAUCGUGUAAAUACACGCGAAGCUAAUCCCAAACUUAGUCGAACCAUUAUCGAAAUAAUUCUUUCCACGGGAUUGUCAUUCUCUUGUUAGUUUUUUAUUGCUAAACUUUUUGAUUGUAUUAUAAUUUGAAGUAAUGUAUCGUCGUAGAAACUCAAGGAAUACAAUUUGCAAUUUAAGCUUGAAUAUUUUUCAAUGUGCCAUUUACAACAGAGCAUACCAAAAAACAACUAUUACUCUCCCUGUUUAUCAAAGAUUGAUUUGUCGAAUUCAAUGUUAAUCCCGUAUUACGCUACUGCAUUGGAGUUGAGAGAUUGGGAUUCGAUGUAGCAGGCAACGUUUGAUUGGUCAAAUUCCAAUUUCUCAUUUUCCAUCUCUUUAAUACGUAGUCUAAUACUGAUUUUAAUAACACGCGCGUGCAUACGUGCGUGUAUGUGUAAAUUCGACGAAUUCUACUCCAAUAUACAUUAUUAAUACGAAUAUAUUGAAAGAAUAUAUUGGAAAUGUGUGUGGAUUCAGAUAAAACAUAUUAAAAAACAUUAGGAAAUAUAAACGUAAACGUGUUAAAAUAUAUAUAAAUUUACAGAAUAUAAUGUGAAGUAUAUCAAAAACGGAACAAAUUCAAUCAAAAAAUAUUAGCUGUAUUGUAUUUUCUGAAGCUGCUAAAAGAUAUAAACUUCAAAAACUAUGCUAAAUGUGAAUUUAUUGUAAUUUAAAUUAUAUGAAACAGAUUAUUAGAAACAGAUUCAUAUACUGAACGCGCAGAUCCAGUGAAUUAGUAUGAUACCAAACAACGCGAUUUGAAGAUUGAAAAUUUUAAUUAUGCUCCUUACCGUAUAGUUUACUUCAAUUUAUCAAUGUGCCAAAUCGACAAUAGUUAUGACGAUGUGUGUCAAAAAUACUCCUCAGUCAAAAAUAUUACUCUGCAAACCGAGACUAUCGCACGAUAAUUGGAGAAACUGUUGUAAACUGAUGUGAUGUAAAAAUUGUUUUCCAUUUUAAUAACACGCAUGGAGAUAGCAAGAUGACACAAACAUACACACACAAAAUUAUAGAAUAGAAUGCGAGGUCAUAAAUGUGAGAUGAGAAUGAUAGAAAGAAGAUGUGGUGGAAAGAGAAAAAAAAACAGAGAGAGAGAGAGAGAGAGAGAGAGAGAGAGAGAGAGAGAGAAGAUGAGAAACAAAGAAUUAAGAAACGAGAGCGAACGAUAUAGAAAGAGAAUAACGAACGACAGAUAAAAAUUGUUAUUGGUUUUUGUUGAAUAGUUGUAAGAAUUUUGUAAUAUAUGACUAUGCUAAAUAGGGUUAUAAAUGAGCAGCAAGAUACAUACAUUACGAAGUAUAGACACGCUAUGUAAAAGAAGCGCGCGCGUGCAACAAAUGCAGUUGCAUUAACAUACAUUUUUAGUGCUGUCAUAUAUGCCGAAUUAAACGACACAUAAAUAGAUGACACAGGUCUGUUGAUGCAUCGCGACAGAAAUUGUAAUAUCAUAAUUGCACGCGUGAUUAUGGUACAAACAUUCCUUUUUGAAGUAAAAUUUUCAAUAUUCUUUUCAUAGUUGAUACGUUGUAGAAUAAUAUUCGUAAUAAGACGGUUCCUCGAAUGUCUCAAUUCCUCUUUUAGUUUUACCUCUUUGCUGUCGUGCGCAAAAUUGUCUACGGAUGUAGACGACAAUUAGCAUAAAUGAUACGUGUUUUCUUGUCUCCUCCACUUUUGCUUCCCCUGUCCAGCAGGUUGUCUAAUGCGUGUGUAUUCGCGCGUAUUUCCUCUUGAUUCAGCUUGCGUCGCGGCGGUUGCCCUCUGUCAUUUAUCGUUUAUUAAUCAAAUCAGAAAGAGAUUGGAACAUUUCCUUCAUGUUUCAUGAUCAUGAUCGUCGUGUCACCGACGUGUCGAUGCAACCGAUGAUACAUGCGCCGCGUCGGAAUCAAUGAUGACAAUGAUAAUAAUAAUAAUAAUAAUGGUGAUGAUCCUGCCGUCUGAACACAUCUCGGUUAUUAAGCUCUGCAUCAAGAGCCAUGUUUAGUCGCCCGAUAUUCGAGUAGUUGGUCUCGAGAGUGUAUUGAGUGAUAUAUACAUACACAAUGUAUUGGAUCAGUCAAAAAGUUCGGUUCAAUUUUUAAUUUUUCCAAUCAAUGUACCUACAUGUGAUGCAGGUGACAAUGCUGAUAAUGUCUAACCACAGACAACGAUUACUUGGUUGAUGAAUAAUUUCUUUCUACCGAACGCAAUAAAGUGAAAUUAUAAUAAAAAAAGAAUCAAACUUUUUGACUGACCCAAUCGAGUGCAUUAAUGUUUUCCUACGUAUAACGAAAUUCAAAAUUACGUCCUUAGAAACAACAUUCAUAAAUGCUCCAUUGUAUAAUAUUUAAAAUCUGAAAACAACAUUUUAACUAUUUGCAACUAUUUGUUAGACCAUGUAAACAUUUUUCCAACAAACAAUUGCAGUAGCGAAAAGUGUAUAAUUUUUUUAUUAUUUUUAACUAAUAUAUAUAUAUAUAUAUAUAUAUAUUCGUCAUUGGCUACACGCGCCGCAACUCCAUUGCUGGAGGAAAAGGCAAAACGCCUAGAGCGAAAAACACUAGACUUCAAUUGUCGAUAACUGAAAUCGGAAGGUAUUAAUGCACUCGAUUGUACACAUUCAUUCACGAUGUACCGAAAAAAUUCACAUAUCAUGUUUGUAAAAUAAUAUUGAAUCACUAGAAUUCGAAUGUUUGAAACUAUGGUUUGAAAAUAUGGUUUUUAAGAUAUCUCGGGUAUUAUCUCGUUUUUAUAAUUAUUUUUCUCUCGGUGAAAACUCGCUAGAAAUAUAUAUAUAUAUAUAUAUCUAUGUAUCCUUUUUUGUUCUUUGACAUGCAUGAACCGACUCGAAAAAGAAAUAAAAUUUCUUUUUCUUGUAUUCUUCAAACAAAUAUGCAAAUAUUUUGCCUUAAUUUUUCUUACGAUUUUGUUUAUUCAACCGUAUAAUAUUGUACUAUAUUUUGCUAUAUAAUGGAGUCAUGAGAGAUCUCGUCGAAAGACUGAUAGUCGAAUAGCGAUGCAAAGUAAUUAGUCGGCGAUCCACAAUUCGAAAUUGGAGAUCAUUGUUUGAUUAAGUUAACAAUACAUACUUUCCAUGACCGAAUCAGAGUAUCAGUUGUUAGCAAUGUUAAAAUUGUCAAUUAUAAUAAUCAUCAGUACGUGAAAAUGAGUCUAGACUAGAGAUGAACAUAGCCAUCUGAAGAAAAUAUGCGUCGAAUAGUAUAAUAUUAUCAACUCAAGUAUCGAUGAGUAUUGUUUGGAUGGCUACAAAAAUUCACUCGAAAUAAAAAUUGACAAUGAUACAAUUGUAUCCGACUUCAGAAAAUAUGAUAAUUCGAUAAAUAAUAUAACUCGAUACUUCUUAAUGAUUUCAUGAGAAUUUCAAUGAAUAAUAAUUUCUUUCAGAUAAUAAAACUGGAUUUGUGUGUAUUUGAUAUAUAAUACAUGAAAAAAAUUCACGGUAUUGAUAUUCCACAAUUACCGUUACCAAUUACCGUUAAUUAAUAGCGAAUACUUUGUGUGAAAUCACAUCUCUCUUUGUUCCAUAUGUUUACCGAAGAAAUUAAUUUAAUUAGGCAAGAAAUUAUAUACUUGAAAAUUCAUCCGGCAGUUUUCUCUUCUCGUUUGCUGCGACAUUUCAGGUCCUAUCCACGACGAAAAACAAAUCGAGCAUGACUGAUAAGAAUUCACUCGAGGAUAUUACAGAAACCAUAAUGGCAAUCGUGGAUUGAUUGAAUAUUGAUCCGAUUUUGCAAGCAGGAUAAUUUGCCGUUUAAAUUCAUAUCUUUGUCAAUUCAGUGAACUUUCUUGAAACUAGACUUAAGACUAGACUCUGGCUUAUAUUGUUCCCUACGGCAUGACAAUAAUGGCUUUAAGGGAUAUAUUGAGUAAUGGACUUUGUUAAAAUAGAGAUUAAUAGUUAACGAUCAUCGAUAAAGUAUUAUACAAGUAUGAUAUAUUUCAUUCAUCUGCUAUGACGCACUAAAGUAAGAUUGUUUUUCUCGUUAUACAUAUACGUUAUAUAUAUAUAGAGAGAGAGAGAGAGAGAGAGAGUAUCCGAUAAUAAAGAUAUACCACCACUCGUGAGAGAGUAGAGCAUAUUGAGCUGAAUAGAAAAGUCUUCUUGUAUACAGAGUGAAAGAUUGACAAAGAUCUGACAAAGGUUACUCUUCCGUUCGUGAGCGAGUAGAGCUUAAUAAGCUGAACAGAAAAGUUGUUUACCGUUUUGCAAUUUUCGCAAUAAGUAUUGAGAUAUUAAAAAGGAUUUGCGAAUGAACGCGCGUUCCGAUCGAGUAAGCCGUAAGGCGCUAAACGCGUAUCAAUAUCCCUGCCAGUAGGCAGUGUCGUGUGGCAACGUUUCUACUCGCUCGCUGCUCACGCGUAUUCCUACUCUCCUCGUGCGGCCAUACUCUUCGUUGCUGUGCGACAUUUACUGCUGACACGUAGAAAUCAUGACCCUGUAACUUCCGAAAGAGUUUAGCAUAAUAACGCAAAAGAAAGUUAAAGUGAAAAAUUACAAUUUGUAAAAAAGAGAAUUGAUAUAUUUGAAAUUUAAAAUGACAUUCAAACAAAAAUUCGAGAAGUUACUCAAGCGUAGUGUUUUUUGUAACCAUAACGGCAUAUUGUAUUGCGCCGCCGUAUAUCUUGCCACACAAGAAUCAUAUAAUAUUAUAAAUAUAAUAACAUAUAUCAAGGUAACAGUAAAGAAACGGAAUGAAGGUGGAUCAAUGGAGGAAAAGCUGUGCCCUUUUUGGAAAGAUCUAACCUGACCAAAAUCAAGUUGUUUGUACAUCUCUAUUUAAUGUUUGUAACUUUUUAUAUUUUUCUGUCAACUUUUUUUAUAUAAACAUAAAUUGUUUUGCAUCACAGACUGCGCCUCUUCCCCAUCUAUACGUCCAUUUGAAUUUUAUUGUUACUUUGAUGUAUGAACUUGUAUAUUAUUUGUGCAACGUAUCCGAAUACGGUAAGUUCAAAAUUACGUUCGUAAUAUACAUAUCAUGACGCAUAUCAUGUGCGGGUCGAAUUGAUUCUGUGUCAUUUUCCAAAAACGUAAAACAACAUCCUAAUAAAUAGUUUUUGUGUAGCGUGUGUAGGGGAUGAUCUGCUUCUUCCCUAUCCACACGUGUACUACUUCUCUAUAUCCCGUGAAUUGUAGUACGAUCUACCAUGAGCCAAUACCAUAGAAAAGAAACAAUUAAAAAAUGUAGAAUAAAGUUUUUUCGUUACACG